AUGACCCCCGACUCACUUGAGUCCUGUAGUUCAAAGGAAGCUGGCGGCGUCGAGAGCGUCCGCCCUGAUGAUACGAACCGGACCAUCUCGCCUCUGAGGAUGAGCCGAAAGCUCGCCCCCGAAGCCAAUCGGAUUCUCUUCGUCAAGAACCUCAACUACAACGUAACAGCAGAGCAACUGUUUGACUUGUUCGGGAAAUUUGGUCCUAUCCGCCAAAUUCGCCAGGGCAUUGCCAACAACUCCAAGGGAACUGCAUUUGUCGUCUACGAGGACGUCAACGACGCCAAACAGGCAUGCGAUAAGUUGAACGGUUUCAACUUCCAGAACAGAUACUUGGUCGUUUUGUUCCACCAGCCAGAGAAGAUGGUUCGCACGAAAGAGGAUAUCUCGGAAAGACAGGAGAACUUAGAACGGCUGAAACGGCAACACGGGAUAGAAUGA